AAGUGGAAGUUUCACACGCUCCUAAGCUCCUCCCGCGGCGGCGAGCCAGGGUGAAGGGAUGGCCGGCCGGGCAGCGCGGCUCGUGCUGCUAGCUGGGGCAGCCGCAGUAGCGAGCGGCUCCCAGGGCGACCGUGAGCCGGUGUACCGCGACUGCGUACUCCAGUGCGAAGAGCGGAACUGUUCGGGGGGCGCUCUGAAGCACUUCCGCUCCCGCCAGCCAAUCUACAUGAGUCUAGCAGGCUGGACCUGUCCGGAUGACUGUAAGUAUGAGUGCAUGUGGGUCACUGUUGGCCUCUACCUCCAGGAAGGUCACAAAGUGCCUCAGUUCCAUGGCAAGUGGCCCUUCUCCCGGUUCCUGUUCUUUCAAGAGCCGGCUUCUGCCGUGGCCUCUUUUCUCAAUGGCCUGGCCAGCCUGGUGAUGCUCUGCCGCUACCGUACCUCCGUGCCAGCUUCCUCCCCCAUGUACCACACCUGCGUGGCCUUCGCCUGGGUGUCCCUCAACGCUUGGUUCUGGUCCACUGUCUUCCACACCAGGGACACCGACCUCACAGAGAAAAUGGACUACUUCUGUGCCUCCACCGUCAUCCUACACUCAGUGUAUCUGUGCUGUGUCAGGACCGUGGGGCUGCAGCGCCCAGCUGUGGCCAGUGCCUUCCGGGCCCUCCUGCUGCUAAUGCUGACCGCGCACGUCUCCUACCUGAGCCUCAUCCGCUUCGACUAUGGCUACAACCUGGCAGCCAACGUGGCUAUUGGCCUGGUGAACAUGGUGUGGUGGCUGGCCUGGUGCCUGUGGAACCAGCGACGGCUGCCUCACGUGCGCAAGUGCGUGGCAGUGGUCUUGCUGCUGCAGGGGCUGUCCCUGCUCGAGCUGCUCGACUUCCCGCCUCUCUUCUGGGUCCUGGAUGCCCACGCCAUCUGGCACAUCAGCACCAUCCCGGUCCACGUCCUCUUUUUCAGCUUUCUGGAAGAUGACAGCCUGUACCUGCUGAAGGAAUCAGAGGCCAAGUUCAAGCUGGACUGAGGACCCAGGGAGCGGGAUCCUACCCCCUCCCUGGUGGCUCCCCUUCUGCCCUCAGCCCUCGCGAUGAUUUCUUUUCUCCUUUUAGCUUCUUGAACUUGGACAUGAGGGAUGUGGGCCCAGAAUCAUGUGGCCAGCCCACCCCCUUGCCGGCCCUCACAGGUCUUAGAGGCUGUUCUGGGGACGGGCUCCCAGUAUCCGGGGCUGGAGAACGGGCAGCCCCUCUGGUUUCUGGAGCUGAACUGGACGGCACUGAGUGUGUCCUUAGCUCUACUCAGAGAAGAGCUGCCUGUUUCCUCCCCACCAGGUUCCUCCCUGAUCCCCUGCUGCCUGGCUGGGUCCCAGAGCCCUCGGUACACCUGGGACACCAGGCACUACCUGCCUUGGGGGAAAUAGUGGGGACCCCUUCUGUUACCCCUUGCUCUCCUCCAGGGCACCACUAGGUGGCACUGGAUGCUUGUUCUUUGGUUAGCCAAGUUUUAAGGCCAGUCUCAUUCUCCCCAUGGGAUCUUAAGGGCCCAAGCUGCUAGGACUUGGGAGGGGUUUCACCCAGCCAGACUCCCAGAAGGCCUUGCCACAUUCCCCUCUAGGGUCAGGACACCUGCGAGCCUAGGACAAGAAUCCUGUGCUGUUGUCCUAGUUGGGACCCUGCACACAAGUGUGUCUGGGAGUGUGGGCCAGACCAGUUGCGUAGCUGGGUGGGCCGUGAGCAUGGACUUGGGUGUGUGUGAGCCUGGCCGGGGUGUGUGCAGUGUGGAGAAUGGGGUGUGUGCAUGGCAGGGGGAGCAGGUUCAAAGUGUGUUUGUUCAGGGGGCGGGUGGGUUAGGGGAAUGUGCAUGUGAGUGUGCUUGUGGGUGCAUCUGAGAUGCGUGGGGAUACAGGUGAAUGUGCCACAGAGUUGGAGGAGGCUGGAGCAGGAUGGGGGAAUCAUGUCAGCAUCAAUAGUCGAUUAUGGAGCACCGACUCUGCCCGAGGCCCCAGCCAGGCAGACAGCCAUGAUACCCCCAUGUUCUGGCCAGAGGGCCAGGUGUCCAGGCUGCCUGUGUGUGGAUGUGCUCUUGUGCUGUGCUCCUUUGCCACCCCCCUCCAAACCUCACAGGGCCCCCAUACAGCUUAAGAGCACCCUCCAGAACCAGCCCCUCAGGGGAAGAGGAAGGAAAAUGGGGAUCCCCGGGGCUCUCUCCAGCCUCCUUGUCUCCUCACCUUGGCAUAGUUGGGCUCCCCCUCCACGCCCCUUUCCCUGCUGCCAGCCCCUUCCCCGCAGCCUGGACUUCUGAGAGGGACCGGGUGAUCUGAGGGAGGAGGGGAGAAAGCUUAUGGCUGGGUCUGGUUUCUGCUAUCCCCAGAGGGGCUAACUGUCCCAGGGGAGCCCCAGGGCAGGCAGGAGCCACACUGUGCCUGCACCCCAGUAAAGGUGACCCUCUGCCAGUUGCCGGCAGCCCUGGCGCAGUCCUGCGGCACAAGAGUAGAAUGUGGAGCUCCAGAAUGUUCCAUCCCAAAAGCAGUCUCUGUGAUUGGAGCAGGGAGCCUGGAUUUUGCUUUGUUCCUGCCCCCUUGUCCCUCCUUGAGGGAGGGGAGCUUGCUAGGACUCCAACCUCAGGGACUUGGGUGGCCUAUGUUAGGUUCUUUUGAUACUGAAAACUAUUUUAAAGUAGGAGAGUAGCAAGGGACAUGCUUAAUAAAUCAAUUCUCAGCCUCA